GUCAGGUUGGACUGUAUCCAGUGGAAAAAUGUCGCAGUAUUCUGGAAAGAUAGUGUUUUACGAGGGAAGGUGCUUCACUGGAAGGAAGCUGGAGGUCUAUGGAGACUGUGAUAACUUCCAGGACCGUGGUUUCAUGAACAGGGUGAACUCCAUCCGUGUGGAGAGUGGCGCUUGGAUCUGCUACGACCACCCUGAUUUCAAGGGCCAGCAGUACAUCCUGGAGCGUGGAGAGUACCCCGAGUUCCAGCGCUGGAACGCCCACAAUGACCACAUGGGCUCCUGCAAGCCUAUCAGGAUGCACGGAGAGCACUACAGGAUUGAGCUGUUCGAGGGUUGCAACUACACGGGUCAGUGCAUGGAGCUGUGUGACGACUGCCCCUUCCUGCAGAGCUGCGGCUUUGGCAAGACCUGCGUCAACUCCGUCAGGGUGUUUGGAGAUGGAGCCUGGGUGAUGUAUGAGGAGCCUAACUUCCGCGGCCGUAUGUACAUUGUGGAGAGAGGAAACUACUGCGGCCACAAUGAGUGGCAGGCCCAGAACCCCAACAUCCAGUCCAUCCGCAGGGUUGUCAACUACUUCUAAACUGCCAUCCCACUUUUUUGUCCCUUUUUCCCCCCUUCAUUCAUACCUCCUUUUGCCAGGCCACAGACUGUGACUACUCCCAUUCAGAUCAUGUAAAAUAAACAGUGAAGUUCUACAACAAAAGACAGUAUUUUAUCAAACAUGUGUGUCUGUGUCUGUUAAUAUACUGAGCCUGCAUACGUUUAGAUUUUUGCAGUUUUUCCUAA